UAUUUCAUGCCUCUACUGUAAGCCGCUAAAGCGCCUGCGUCAACCACAGCUGUUCGCUGGCAACUUGAAAUGGAAACAGGAUUCGCACAGUAAACACAUAUCCUGGGUUAAAUAUUUACUAAAUCUCUAGUUAAACAACAAUAAUAUUAAAUGGAGCUGGAUGUACUGCGCCUAACGGCGGACUAUUACCACAAACUACUCGAUGCGGAGCUGCAUAUCAAUGAAUGGGUUCAGGAUAGAUUGUUCAUAGCGGAGCCCUUUUUUCGUUUUGUCAGCGUUUACCUGGAGCCCAGCAAUCUGUUCAAUGUGCUGAUACCUCUGCUGGGCAUCUGUGGACAGGAUUUGCUCACACAUCUGGUUUGCGCGCUGAGUUUGGUCAGCGCCGUCAGCUCCUUUGAGAAGUGGAUCUAUCCGGAUUGGCGACCCCUUUGGCGCCUGCGUGAGCUCUAUGCCAAUGAGUACGCCAUUCGGCCGGGCGUCGCCUUGCAGAGUCACGAUCUGAGCUGCGAGACGAGCGGCGGAUUGCCGUGUGCCCAUAGCAUGGCUUGGACGGCACUGCUAAUGGUGGUCAGCAUGCACCUGCCCAUGAAGAAUCGCUCCUCUAGCUGGCGGCUAACCAUGUAUGGCCUGAUUGGCUGCUGCAUCUUGAGCAUGUGGCUGAGCCGCCUCUAUCUAGCCACCGAGUAUCUGCAUCAGUGCCUCUUGUCCACUUAUCUGGCCAUAAGUCUCUUGGCCAGCUGCCAGAGGCAUCUGAAUUCCCUGUAUAGCCGGCGAUGCAGUUGGGCAGUGUUGAUGGUUCUGUUGCUUGGCUGCCUCGCCAUGGCCGUUUACUUCCUUAAGCUACACCUGGACAUUGAUCCGCAUUGGUCUGUGCGGCAGGCCUUUAAAUGGUGCUCCGAGCCCACAUACAUGCGACAUGAGAGCAGUCCCAUCUUUCUGCUGGCCCGAGAUCUGGGCAAUCUAAUGGGCGUGGCACUUGCCUUACCUGUGGAGCAAAUAAGAAAUAACAAUUCGAAAUAUUCACAUCGCUUUGUUGGCAUCGCCAUUGUAGAGUUGCUUAACUAUAUCCUGCGCCUUGGCACACCCAAACAGCAUGGACGCUUCCUCUUUCUGGCCUAUGAGUUUAUACGCAAUGCCCUGCACUCACUGAUACUCGUUAAGCUACUGCCGAAGCUCUUAUGUAGAAAGAGUUGA